UGACUUGAUACAAGAAAAUCGUUUCAGUUCUCGGUGUCGGGUGCUACGGUUGAUGAUCUCACGGUGAAACAUGGAUGAUCGACUGUUACUUAUUUUUAUAAUCGCCUUUUCGGCAGUGAAUUGCGAGAAUAAAUCGGAAAUAGUUAACGCUACUGCUACUACGAGGAACAUUAGUGCGCAAGAGACCAAAAAAAAUGGACCGGUACUCGAAUUGCCGAGUGUGUGUGAUGUUUGCAAUUGUACAGGUGAUAUCGUUAACUGCGAGAAUAGAAACUUGACCAAUCAUUUCAACGAUUCUCAAUGGCCGAACAAAUCUAUCGGCGUAAUAUCGUUUACGGGGAACUCGCUGGUGCACUUAAUGCCGUUCCCAAAAAUUGGAAUUAAGAAAUUGUUCCUGCAGAAUAAUCAGAUCAAUAAAAUCGAUGAUGGUACCUUUAUGAAGUUAAUCAAUCUCACCGAGCUUAAUUUAAGUCACAACAAUCUUACUGCAGAGAAUUUGCAUCCUCAUGCAUUUCAGGGAAAGUUUUCAACGAUUGCUUACGAGCCAUUAAUAAACUUGACAAGGUUGAGCCUGGCUUAUAACAGUAUUCAUUCCUUGCAUCAGGAUCUGUUCGAACACGUUCCGAACAUUAAAGUACUCGAUUUGUCUCACAACUUGUUUGCGAAGAUUGAUACUCGCAGUUUACUAGCAAUUGUCAGUUUAUUGAGAUUAGAGGAGUUGGACCUGAGUUAUUGUGGUUUAAAAUCACUUCCAGAAACUAUGCUUCAUAGUUUGAGUUACCUAAAGAAAUUGGACUUAAGUGGCAAUCAAAUUACCGUGCCUCCGGUCAUUUUGGACGAGGCACAGUCUCUGGAGUAUCUUUACCUGGAUGAAAACCCAAUCCAAGUUAUCAAUCAAAAGCAUGCGUUUCCGAACAUGUCCAAGCUGAAAGAGCUGAGUCUUUGCUGUAUGCCACAUUUGACGGUCAUAGGAAAGGGUGGAUUUUCAGGCUUGGCCUCGCUAGAACAUCUGCGUAUACAAAGUUGCCCGAAAUUGGAAACAAUCGAUGAGUACGCCUUUGCAUCUGAGACGAAGGAGUCCGAGCAACCCGAUUGGCCGCCACUGAAGAAACUGGAUUUAUCGGAUAACGCACUGCGAUAUUUGCCUGUACAUCUCGUGGGAGCGUCAUGGGACACGCUCGAAGAAUUGGAUCUGAUGAACAACAAAUGGAGCUGCGAUUGCAAUAAUCAAUAUCUGAUUGGAACGUUGCUACCGAAGGAAGGAAAGAGACUAAUGGGAGACAACGUUAACGCGCUUACCUGUUCAGCGCCACCAGAACACGCAGGAAGGAACCUGACGUCAUUGGCUCAUCGGAAGCUCCGUUGCUUGGACAUUUACGGUGCAAGACCCGAGAAAGACGCGACGAUUCUCAUCGGAGUGUUGAUCGGCCUGCUGCUGGCCAUUCCCGUUUGCUUAACCCUCUUCGUCCUUUGGCGUCGCGGAUUCUUCUUUUGCGGUUCCCAAGGACCAGCGAGCUUCUCCCGAGCUUUCUACAAGAGAGCUACUAACGAGGAAGACAUCUAACGCGUUCAUUCUUCUUGAUUAAAUCUAGUCGUCAAAAGUAGAAGAAGGCACAAGUGAGAUCAGCUGACUGAUAUAACCUCCGCGACUGUGUUUUCAAUAAUUAAAAACACUUGUUUAAACAUGCAGAGUAUUAAAAUAAGAGUUUCACACUUUGAGGACGUUCAGCACUUACUAAACUGUGCACACCUAUACUUCGAUGUGCUUUUUAAAGAAAAAGUUUUCUUGCUUAUUGUCCAUUGUAUUCCAUGCAAACAUUUGGUGAUUUUACAGGGGAAAUAAGAGGAAAAUAUAGAAUAAACUUACUUUAUUUUAAGAUAUUAUAAUAUAUAAAUAUAACAAUAUAUAAAUUAUUAAUUUUGUCAUGCAAUGUCACUCCUUAUCAAUUGUACCACUUGUAUUUACUUAGAAUGACAUUCACUUUUGAUUUUCACGAAAAUACAUUUUUAAAAGAAAUAAUUUUAUUCUAUAUUCCUGACUUAUUUUUUCAUCUAAAAUCGCACCGUUUGUAAAUGAAGCAAUGGUUAACCUAUAUAACAAACCGGUAAUAUUUUCUGAACAACCGGAAAAGUGUUUUUCAUAUCUACCUCGAAACAUCCCUGAUUACAGCAAUUUGAAACAGUGUAGUCUCGGAGCUCAUUUAGGUCCGUAUAAAGUGUUUGAAUUUAACAUGGGAUGCACGAGUCCAACGAUGAAAUACAUUUAACCCUUUCGUUACGGAUAUUUCUACUGCUAAACGCAUUUCUCGAUACCGCUGUACGUGAGCGUAGUUAAGAAAGAUUUGCUAUUACACUAUCACAAGAACACUAAAUUACAGUUGACCGCCUGUAUAAUGUACUGUCUGGUUGUCGUAAUAGUAACAGAAGCAUUUAGUUUAUAAACUUAUUCGAGAAAAUAAACCUUCUCGAGUAUUACAACAACGUCUAGGAACAAUUCGUCGGGUAAUUAUAGUGCUCUAUAGUAUUUACCUUGAGAUCGAUUUGUGAUUAUAAUCGAGGCAGUAUCAUUUUUAUUGUUCGAUAGUUAGUCAUUAACUUUUAAAAGAGAUCACGAAAGGUCAUUAAAAACGCAGUAAAGAAUCAAAACAUUUCCUUAGUUCAUCGUUUUCAAAUAAUUUUCCGCUAUUAAGUUUUGUAACAGUUUUCCACGCGGUUGCAAAUUCAAUUAUGAGAAAAUUGCAAAAAAGUCCUCGAAGAAAAAAGGAGGCGAGAAUAAAAAGCGAGCUAAAGCAUCAUAAAAUAUUUCAUUGCUUCCACUUACAGUCGUUCCGAUACUAUGGUCGUCAUUUUUCUUUAUUUUUUUUUGUUUAACUGAUAGCCAAAACAACUCUCGAAGUGAUCUCACGAGAGUAUAUUCUGCCAAAGCUCAAUGACUCUGUGUGUUUACGUUUUUAAAAAAAUACAAUUGGAAGAACAAAGUUCUAAAGUAUAAAUAAAUAUCGCAACAAUGUGUUGAGUUUCAAUGGAUUGUAAAACGAGCUUGGCUCGAGAUUUAUACUUAAAAGACCUGACAUUUUCGAACUCUUUGACGUGCAUAAAGGGGUGUCUCACGGGAAACUAUAUCAUUAGUUUUUCAUUAAUUACUUAAGUAUAGAAGGUAUGGAAGGAAUAUAUCAAAUGCUUCAAUAUCAUUAUUUACGUUAAUAAUAUGUCACAAUAUAAUUAAACAUUAAUAUUUUUCUUUAUGUUAUUUCGUGAUGUGACAUGUGACAUGUAUCACAAGAAUGUAUUUUUAUAUUAAUUAUAAAUAACAUACUUUUGCUUUAUUCGAGAUGCUUACGAGACAAUUUCCAUUCUGUUUUUUUUUCAUUACAUUCUUUGUAUUACCCAAACGGAGAUAACGUUGUAUUUCUAAUAUUUUUUGAAAGUUACAAAAAUAGAUUAAAGUAUUAUGUAAAUCAUUAUACAGUAAUUGUUAGAUUUAUAACGUAAAAGUGUGUGUAAAUUAUUAGUAUAUAAUAAUUUAUACGCAAUAAAUUUAUAUAUACUAAUUGUUAUGUUUUUAAUUUAUCUAUAAAAAUAUUUAAUGUUAUUCUAAAAGUAUCAUAAAAUGUAGUACAUUGUACACUUAGAAGAAUAAAAAGUUCGUGCACUUUA